AUGAAAUACAAAUGCAACGGAAUCCUGUGCCCCCAGAUCCAUACACUCUUCCUGGCAGUUCCUAUCAAUACAGUACGCAAUGUGAAGAUUACGACCCCGCCUGUUCUGGAUAUACCGUCAACGGGUAUUGUGAUGGAGAUGCGAUUGGUUUUAGUAAUGACUACUUAAUGAAGAUGUGCAAAAAGAGUUGCAACUUAUGCAAGACAGAGCAAGAUUAUACAUCGGGAGGAAUAUGGAUAAAGAGGGACGAAAUUCCAAAACGAACUGAUAAUAUACAAAGGAAGAAGGCCGCAAAUUCAGAAAAUCCAAAAGAAAGAACUAAAAGAGGAAGAAGGAGAGAGAAGAAGAAGCAGGAAAAUGUCAAACCAGUGACGUGAUGUUCCCAUACACUAAGCUACCUCCUCAUAAUGGAGACGGUUUUAGUCAAACCUGAAUAACAGCUACAUUGGGAGCUCUAAAUUAAACCUUUUAAAUAUGGGGAAAGACAAAUACACCGGUUAUACUUAUGUAGCCCUAAGUUACG